CCAACCGGUAACUCAGCGCGUCCCCAAUGUGGUGUAUAUAAAAGUAUACGCGUCGUCGCCAAAACCAGUCAGUUCGAUUUCCGCGCCGGUUGUACGACGAUAAGUAUCUGGAAAAGGUUGACGCGCAGUUCUUAUCAUCUAUUCGUUGGAAGGAAUACACUAAUUUGGGUUGGCAAAAUAUUAGAAAUAUGAAGAACGUGAGCAUUGGUGCGGUGGUUUUGAUGCUGUCAGCAGUCGUUUUGUGCAACGCUGCCGAAUGUACCGAAAAAUGUUCUCCUCCUCCGAAGCACUACUCGGAACUCGGUUGUAAACCGAUAAAAGACGAAGGACACUGCUGCCCGAAUCGAUAUGAAUGCCCGAAGCUAACGGAUCGUGACGGUCAGAAGUGUUACUUCAAUGGAAACAUUUACGAACGCGGAACCGAGCUUAGCAAGACGGAUCAGGAAUUGGUUUCCUGCUCGCCCGGAUGCCGUUGUGAUAAUCACACUACCCCGGCCACCUUCACCUGUGCCCACAUCGAUUGCCCUGAGUUCUUUAAUCCGGAAUUUGACUGUGUGCUGCAGUACGAGCCCCACGGAUGUUGCUCAUCGAACAGAGUAUGUGGUGCGGCCAUGGAAAAGCUGGCGGAGUGCUACAUCGACGGAACUCGCUACCAGGAAGGCCAGCUGAUGUACCCCAAGGAUGACAGCUGUUACAAAUGCCACUGCCAGAAAGGAUUCGACAACAGCACCAUCGUCGGUAAUCCGAACUGUUACGAAAUCAACUGCGGUAUCGAAUUGCGCAACUCGGACAGCGUGAUGGAGGGAUGCAUCCCAAUCUACUUCGGUACCGAUCGAUGCUGUCCGAUCUCGUGGAGAUGUCCCGAAGAUAAAGAUACCGUAAUCGUGGAAGGUCGACAAGAUUCGGUGGAGGUCCAAGAUUCGAAUCUGAAGUGCACUUUCGGAAAUUUGACCAUGAGCAUUGGCGAUGCGGUUUCGUCGGACGAUAAAUGUAUUUCGUGCAAGUGUACCGUUCCUCCGAUGCCGCACUGCAUUAUGGAUAAAGAUUGUUAAAUGUACGAGCAGUUGAUGUGAAUUGUUAUGCAAUUCAAGUAUUGUGAUCAGAAUUUAUAAGUAUUUUAAAAAUGUACAAAAUUACCUGUUUUAUUAAAACGUCUCAAUUAGUCAUUUUAA